AGGCUCCUCAGAGGGUGUCACUUCUGCAGAAGUCCGUCGUGGAUUUUGGCUUGGGCUUCUCUUUCUUGGCUUGCCAGGCGCCAUCCCAUAAUCUCUCGGUGCCCCCGACAUCGCCACCCGCUUCCUCCGCGUCACCAUGUCUAUGCUGCUGGAGACCGUCGGUUUUUUCCUGGCGACCAUCGGUUGGGGGAUGCUGGCGGUGACGCUCUUCAACAGCUACUGGAGGGUCUCCUCCGUCUCCGGCAACGUGAUCACCACCUCCACCAUCUUCGAGAACCUGUGGCAGAGCUGCGCCACCGACUCCACCGGCGUCUACAACUGCUGGGAGUUCCAGUCCUUGCUGGAGUUACCAGCCUAUCUCCAGGUAUCCAGGGCCCUCAUGAUCAGUGCUUUGGUGCUGGGCUGCUUAGGGGUCCUGUGUGGCAUGUUGGGUCUGCAGUGCACCAAGGUGGCGGAGGAGAACCCCAACGUCAAGGCAAAGAUGGCGGCUGUUGGGGGCUGCAUGUUCAUCUUGGCUGGUAUCUGUGGGAUGGUGACAGUCUCCUGGUACGCCUCCAAUAUUACUCGUGAUUUCUUUAACCCGCUCUUCGUUGGCACAAAGUAUGAAAUUGGACCCGCCCUCUACCUGGGAUGGAGUGCAUCACUGCUGGUGAUCAUUGGUGGAGGAUGCCUGUUCACUUCGUGUAGGGCCCAUUCCUCCCCGGACAAGAGCUACUCUUAUCCAUACAAGGCCCCCAAGAGUGCUAUGUCGGCCCCCACCACCAAUGCACCGCCCCGCCCCCGCAUAGACUCUAAUGCCAGCAGCGGUGGAAAGUAUGGGAAGAACGCUUACGUCUAAGCCUGAGCUUCUCUUUCUUUUUUUUAACACAAAGACAUGUCUGGAUGCUUCUCUGGGUGCACAGAACCCAAAAGGCUAUUACAAGAGCAGGCAAGUCAUAGUGGGAGGGGCUCUUUCGUCUAGCUUCCCCAAACCCCGCAUCCUUUGGACAUUCCGAUGAUAGGAAUUGGACUGAAUCCACAUUUCUGAGUCUGUCCCUGGAAAAUGCUGCAUCGUGGGAAUUAUUUAUUGUGGAGGAGAGCUGUCUACACGUGGCAGUUUUGUCCCCUUUCUCCUCUACGUGGAAAUGGCUUGCUGGUUUUUGGACAGCAUGUUGUCAGGAGUAGCUGACUUCUUAAAAUGACAGAGGAGGGGGGGUGAGCAUAUCUCUUGAAUUCCAGAACUUUGUGCAAGGUCCUAUGUGCUCAGGGAUCAGGGGAGUCAGAAAUGUUUUGGAACGCUUGGCAGAAGUGAUCUUACCCAAUGGUCCAACGCUAAGAACUAGCAUCAAUCUACGUAGGGGAAGAAAAAUCUGAACUCGAAUUGGCUUGUAAAUAUUCAAAAUGGUGUAGUCCGCAUGUUUUGUGGCCCUGUCUCCAUACCCCCCCGUUAUCGAGGUUGCUGAAUUAGAAGGGGGUAGGUGAUGGGGAAUAUGGGCGUGUGGGAGAAAUGGUACUGAGUUGGUGAUAGUAUCUAAUGAGGUGUGCUGAUACAUGCUAUGGUUCAGAAAAUUCAUCCGUUACAUUUUUAAGAUUUAGCUUUCUGAAGUAGCAGCCCAGGGACCAGUGGCCUCCAGAUGCUGUUGGACUCCAACUCCCAUCAGCCCCAGCCAGCAUGGCCAAGGGUUAGGGAUGAUGGGAGCUGUAGGCCAGUGACACCUGAAAGACCACAGCCUCUCCAUCCCUGAAGUAGCCCAUUGCAAAAACGAAAAGGUUGGAUGGGUUCAAAAACUUCAGCAAUUCGGUAAAAUUUCAAACUGGUGGAAAAAUACCAGGUUGUAAAACAAGGCAUUGCAUCUGUAUCUCAUUCCUGGUCACUAGCCAUAGGUUUCGUGAUUGCUGUCAUGUCUCUGGAAUAUGGUGUUCAGAUAAACCCAAAGAUCCAGUGCUAUGCCAUCAUCCAUGUGUGGAGCCAAGAGUGGCUUUGGUGUGUAUAUACCCUCCAGCAUCCCACUCUUAUGGCCUCACAAGGAGUCACUGGCUUCCCUUCUCCAUUACCUACUUCUAAGAGUGCGCCUCUGCUUGCUGCGCAUAGGUUUUCCAGGAAAUCAGCACUUGCUGCUAUGCCUUCAAGCUGGAGCUGAUGGGAGUUGGAGGCAAGAGCACAGAGAGAUCAAUGUUACAAUCUGUGUACUGAAGCAAUUGCACCACUGUCGAAAGGCACAGCUACAUGGGCUGGUUGAAGAGCUGGCAACCAAGAGUAAGCCAUUAUCCUGGAACAACUCCUGUCUGGGGUCCUGAAGCAUGGGGUGUAAGAAAAUUGAAAACAUGUUUUUUUCCCUGGAUGGUCAGUUUUACUGUUAAGGGGAUGGUGCAUUAUGAAGAUUGAAGAUGCACAUGUGCGCGGACACACACAAUGUGCAACUAUCCCCACAUGUGAGGUGCAGUUCUGAACGCUUGCUGUCCACACAUACAAAAAUGAAUUUAGGAUUGGUGGUUUUAAAUUUCUGUUAGAAAGGCCCUGCACUAGCCUUCAUCCCAGCAGGUAGGAAGUUUAAAUGCAGCCGAGGGUGCAUACAAAAGACCCUCCUUUCAAGAUCUGACACACCAGCUGUUGAAACCCCUUCAAGGGCUCUGGUUGAAAGGGAUUUCUGGACCCAUACACAAAGUUCAAGAGCCACCCCCUCUUCUCUUUGGGUUAAGUAUCACUCAAAAGAUACUCUACAUGGAGAGACAGCGCUAACUUGGCCUCCCUCCCUCCAGCGAUAGGAGCAAUUGAGCUCCUAUAGAUAAGAACAUUUGAAUUGUGCUUGUUUUUGAGCCAAGAGGCUUUGCUCACUUGAUGCUGAAGGAUACAACCGGUGUUAGAUUUUUUUUCCCCUAAGGACUGUUUUGUAUGACCUGUGCACAAGAAGCACUACCUUGUACAUUUCAGAUAUAUAUUUAUAUAUCUAUAAAAACAUUAUUACUUGGAAUCAUGACCACUGACUCGUGCCGCCUUUGAAAUCCAAUGAGCUACGCUAGUAAAACAGAAAUAAAAGCAGGAUGCUUGAAGAGGAAGGAUCCGCCCUUAAGCAAUACUAAAUUAGGCCACCCCUCCCAGAAGACUGAAGGCUAAGCCCUACAUAUAAGGACACUUCAUACCAGGCUUCAAUUGCAGCAGCUCAUGCACAGAUCUUUUCAUCUAGGAGUCGUGCCUCACAGUUCCACCAAUUGCUACCAUGCUGACACACACAUUAAGGGGGAGGGAGGCCUUUAGUGUUUAUAAAGCACUUGGAACAGCCCAGAUUGCUGCUCUCUUAAGAUACGCUCAGUAAUUUUCACAACAGCCCUGCAAAGUAAGCAGGUAUUAUCAUUCCCACCCGGUUGCAGAGGACCGAGGCAAGACACCAGGCACACUUCUUGCUUUACAGCACAGUCUUUAAGCUGCUGCACUUUACGUUAGUCCUCAAAAUGGAAAAUAAAACGCUUACCUAAAUGGUGCAAGUCUAGUGGAGGGGAGAAGCCCCUUUGCUAUGCAGCUCCUGGAUAGGGCCAGAUCAUGGCAGGUUAGUAAGGAAGAAAUGCAAGCCUACAAACCUCUUAUUUCUCCACUUGGAAAAGCCUCCGUGUGCCCCAGUCCUGGUCUGCACAUACCCUUUCACACGCUGCUUCCAGGGCACAGCAUGCUGUGUUUGGCUAGGCCUUGAAAGUUAAUUUGGGUUCAUUAAUACACACAGGCCCAAGUCCAGAAAAAGGCAGUUAAACCACCUUACUUUCAAUGACAUGUAGCAUGCUUAAGGCGUGGGAAGGAACCUGGAGCUCUCCAGAUGCUAAACUCCUCCAAUCAGCCUCAUGCUGGAUGAGGCUGAUGGAGUCCAACAAUAUCUGGAGGACCACAGAGUCCGUACCUGUGCACAGGCAUGCAUGCCCAGCAGUAGGUCCCAUUGAGUUCCAUGAUACAUACUCCCAGGAAAAUGUGUAGGCUUGCACCUACAGCCCUUAACUCUCCUUGCAAACAACUAGCCCUGCAGAAAGCUUGAGCAGAACAAGUUUUUGAGUGUGUGUGAGAGACAAAAGGGUCCUCCUAAAAUAGCUCACAUCAACUAGAUGCUAGAAAAUCCAUGCAGUCAUCCCUUCAUUCCAACAGAACUUAAAAAUGUGAUGGCCAUCUACUUGGAAUUUAAGAGAAUUAGACAAAUUCAGGGAGGAUAAGGCUAUAUACUUAUAUAUCUGGUGUGGGUUUUUUUUUUUUUUAAA